CCCGCUUCGACAUCCCGGGUGCCCCGGGGGGCAAAAAAGCUCCGACCCCACAUGCAUUCCCCGCCAAGAGGGCAACUCGCCAGGAACUCCCACGACGCCGGGGAAGAUCAUGUUGUAUCCUGGCGGUGCGGAGGGGAACAUGCCCACGCCAGAAUGCUGACCGCCUGCUUACACUCACUCACUUACCUACCCUACCUUACUUUACACGCAACUCAUCUCGGCCUCCCUUCGCUUCACCCUCCUUUCUUCUCCAUCUCAUAUAUCUCACAUCCUCUCACGUCCUCGCAUCCCACUCCAUCAUAAACCGCCUCCUCCCACACAUCUUACAUCCUCUCGAGUCCUUCCCGCCAUGGACCCCGACCCCCUCCCAGCCCACCUGUCCAAGAUCCUCUCCCUCUCCCCUCCCCAGUCGACGCACCCGCCCUCCACCCUCACGGGACCCCUGACCUCCCACACCGGCCUCGCGUACCUCUUCCUCGCCGUCUCGGCCGCCCACCCCCGCCUGCAUGUCCACUCUUACCCGGCCACCCAUUGGGCCCGCGCCUACAUCUCCAACAUCCCAACGCCCUCUGCCCCGCUUGUCCCGUUCCGCGACGCCGCCGCCGCCGGCCGCCGGCCGCCCCCGCAGACAUCUGACAGAACACGCCCCGACGCGAAAGACUCUGACCACCACCACCACCACCACCACCAGCACCACCCCGUCGUCCUCGGCCUCCUCUCCGACGCCCUCGCCGGCCCCGCCGUCCGCGCCUGCGUCACGCAGGACCUCGCCCACGUGCGCUUCUUCCUCUCCCUCCUCGCCCCGGUGCUGGCGCACAUCCUCGACGCGCGGCCCCUUCCCUCGCCGUCAACAGAGUCGCCGCCGCCGCCGCUACCGACCUGCCUCCUCCACGGCCUCGCGGGCACCCUCUACCUCCUCCGCCUGAUCCGACACUGGGUCCCCUCCUCCGCGCCCCUCGUCUCGCGCGCCAUCGUCCUCGUGUCGGACUACCUGCUCUCCCCGUCCACGCCCUGGACGUGCCCGUCCCAUCAUCAUCCUUCUUUCUCAUCCUCCUCCUCCUCCUCUUCCUCCUCUUCUUUUCCUCCCCACAGCGCUCUUACGCUAUCGCCCUCGCCCUCGCCCCUUUCAGAGCACGUCUCGCCCGCCGACCGCCACGGCGCGGCCCACGGCGCCCUCGGCACCGUCACCCAGAUCGUCCUGACCUCGCCGCCCCUCGCCCCGGCCCUGACGCCCCGCCUCGCCGCCCUGCUCGACCUCCAGCUCCCCGACGGCGACUGGCCCGCCCCGGGUCCCCCCCUCAACAACGACGACGAAGUCGUUGACGGUGACGCCCACCACCCGGCGGCGGGGGGCGGCAUCGGCUUCGCCUCCGGCCCGCAAGGGCUAGUCAUCUCCCUCCUCUCCCUCCGCCCCUUCUUCCCGACGCUACAGGCCCGCAUCGACGGGGCCGUCGCCGGCGCGCGGCACCUGCUCUGGGCGCGGGCGCGGGCGCGGACGCGGGCGCCUGCGACGGACCAGAGCCUCUUUUACGGGGUGCUGGGCACCGCGUUAGCCCUCCCCAAAGGUCCCCAACGAACCCACCUCCUCCCCCUCCCCUCCGCCCCUCCGCCGGAACGCAAGUCGUUCGCCGCAGCUAGCAUCAGCAGCAGCAGCACCACCACCACCGCCACCACACCACCGACAGCGACGACCACGACGCCCGGCGCCCUGAUGACAUCCACCCCCCCGGGCGCCGCGUGGGCCUACUCCGUCCGCGAGAGGGAGGCGCCGCGGAUGAUCUUCUACAACGACAUCUAAAAACCCCCCUUCCACCCCCCUCCUCCUAAUUCCACGAACCUCCACAAGACAAAGCAGGCAUCCAACCGUACCUAAUCGUAAUCGACCCUCUCCCCCCUUUCAGAACCUCCACUCCGUGUUCAGGUGUUCCCCUCCCGUCUUUUCGCCUCGGCGAGAUGAUGAGGCAGACGCAGCAUACGACACUCACUUUCACUUACGGCAGCUUCCUUAGACGUGGACAGGGACGGCUAGCCGCGGAAGCGCGUUCAUCAGCACAUAGG